AUGAAAAGUGAGUCGUACCGAGGUGCAUACGGGAGAGUCACUGAGGGCAACGAGCUGUUCAUUAGUGCUUCCCACAUCAUCAAACACCCCUUCUUCAACCGAUUCACCCUUGGGAAUGACAUCAUGCUGCUCAAACUGAGCGAGCCCGCCACUCUCAACCAGUACGUGCCCGCUGGCACCAUGUGCCAAGUCAGGUGGGGCAACACCAUGAGACCCAGUGAUACUGCACACUUCCCUUUUGUUGUGUUGCUGCAGUGUCUGGACAUCCCCUUCCUGCCUGAUGAGGACCCUCAUGGUUCUUUUCCUGGCGUGGUUGACCACACCAUGUUCUGUGCCGGAUACCUGGAAGAAGACAAGCACUCCUGCCAGGUGGGCAUCUCUGAUAUCCUAUCAUUGAAUUUCAGAAUUGGACUCCUCUAA